AUUCCUAAAAUUAUACAUCAUCACUUUAUAUUUUUUAUACUAAAAAUGAUCAUGUGGGAAAAUAUUAUCUAUAAUAAACAAAAUGACUUAUUCAUUGCUUAUCUAAAGUCCAAUUAAAAAAAGUACACAACAACUUUUUAUUUGGACUAUCCUACAACUUUGAAAAGAAUCAUAAAAACAAAACUUCCAUGUAGUUGGAUAUGAAUAACUGAGUUCUCAUUACAGUUUUGGCUGCAAGAACCUUUGUCGGUGCCAGCUACAGUUCAGAUCAUAUAUAGUUUCCUUUUCAUUUAAGAUUUCGAGUACUGCUGGAACAAAUAGAGCAAUUGGAAAAGUUUGAAGGUUUUGUAUCAGAAAAAACAUUGUAUGCAAAGAAGCAGAAACUUUUCAAUGCAAACAUCUUUUAAACAUAAAAUGUCAUAUGAUUCUGACAUGUUCAACAUCGAGUCUGUACAAAACCUAGACUCAUAUUGCUUCGUGCAAAAUGAGAAUCUUGAAAACUACUCAUCUUCUGAUAACAGUAGCCACUCAAACUACCCUUCAUUUCAAGGUUUAGACCAAUAUUCAAACUUUGACUCUUCUAACAAUAGUCCAGUCUCAAAGCUACAAUCAAACUCUUACGCAUUCACAUCGCCAAACUCUCUUGAAAUUAUCAAUGAUUUGUUAGAGAACGAACUUUGUUCGACACAUACCCAAGAUGACUUGUGGCACAAGACAAGAGAGCUUGAAAAUGCUAUGCUAGGACAUGAUGCAGCAGAUAUUCUAGACAUAUAUAAUGAUAUGGUAAUGAUUCCAGAAGAAUCUGAAUCUGAUCCGCUUCUAUUAGAGGCGGAAAAGUGGAAGAAAAUGAUGGAGAUGAUAUCUAAAGGGGAUUUGAAAGAAAUGCUUUUCACUUGUGCAAAAGCAAUAUCAGAAAAUGAUAUAGAAACAACAGAAUGGUUAAUGUCAGAGUUGUCGAAAAUGGUUUCGGUUUCAGGCAAUCCAAUCCAAAGGUUAGGAGCAUACAUGUUGGAAGCUCUUGUUGCAAGAAUAGCUUCUUCCGGAAGCAUAAUCUACAAAUCAUUGAGAUGUAAAGAACCUAAACCUGCUACUAGUAAAGAACUCCUUUCGCACAUGCACGUGCUUUACGAAAUUUGUCCUUACCUCAAAUUUGGAUACAUGUCAGCAAAUGGAGUAAUUGCCGAAGCUUUGAAGGAUGAAAGUGAGGUUCAUAUAAUAGAUUUUCAGAUUAAUCAGGGAAUUCAAUGGAUAAGUCUAAUCCAAGCACUUGCUGGAAAACCUGGUGGACCACCAAAGAUUAGAAUAACCGGUUUCGAUGAUUCAACUUCAGCUUACGCUAGAGGAGGAGGGCUUGAUAUUGUAGGAGAAAGGUUAUCAAAACAUGCACAAUCAUGUAAUGUAGAAUUUGAGUUUCAUGCUAUAGGGGCUAAUCCUACUGAGGUGAAACUCGAAGACCUUAAACUUCGUCGCAGUGAAGCUAUUGCUGUGAAUUUCGCUAUGAUGCUGCAUCAUGUACCAGAUGAAAAUGUACAUGGUGGUCAAAAUCAUCGCGAUCGGUUGGUGAGACUGGUGAAAUGCUUGUGUCCUAAGGUAGUGACUCUUGUUGAGCAAGAAUCGAAUACCAAUGAGCUUCCGUUCUUGCCACGUUUCGUUGAGACAAUGAACUACUACUUGGCGGUUUUUGAAUCAAUUGAUGUUUCUUUGCCAAGGGAGCACAGAGAAAGGAUUAAUGUAGAACAGCAUUGUUUGGCUCGCGAAGUUGUUAACUUGGUAGCGUGCGAAGGUGCAGAAAGAGUCGAACGUCACGAAGUUCUGAAGAAGUGGAAAUCAUGUUUCACAAUGGCUGGAUUCACACCAUAUCCAUUGAGCUCUUAUAUUAAUUUUUCAAUAAAGAAUCUUCUAGAAAGUUACCAAGGACAAUACACUCUAGAAGAGAAAGAUGGUGCUCUUUAUCUUGGUUGGAUGAAUCAAGCACUCAUUACCUCUAGUGCUUGGAGGUGAUACUCCAAUCACAACUGGUUCAUUUUGUUUUGCAGAUUCUAUAUAUGUAUGAUACUUAACUUCUUUCCUAGAAUAACUUAUUUUUGUUAAAUA